AUGGUCAAACUGGCAUUUGCGGAUAAUGAAUGUGUUUUGUGUUAUCGUGGACCUUUAAUUUAUGAAGCUAAGCAUAAGUUAGGGAUUGGAUCAAGUUUAGAUAAGGGUAAGAAACCCGAACAAAGAGGUACGAAAAAGAGUAGAGAUAUUGGGAUUGAAACUGAGGAAGAACCUUCAAAAAGACCCAUUAUUCGGAUCAUGAUCUUAGAACCGUUAAAGUUACAACAAGUAGACAAUUGGGAAGCAGUGAGAUGGAAGAAUCAAGUUGUCACACUACCAAGAAAUCUGACAGUUAGUAUGAUCUUUCAAGAAUAUGAAACAUACGAAUCCAAAUCAAAAACUUUAUCAAUAUCCAAAAAUCUACUACAUGAAGUAUUAGCCGGAAUCAAAGUUUACUUUGAUAAAGCUCUUGGUCAUUAUUUAUUAUAUCGAUAUUUGUAA